AUGGAAGAGGCUGAUGAGAUUGCGCUGAAUUCACUGCGACGUAAAGAUAAUAAAGUCGAUAGGAUUCAUGUCUCAAUUGUUUGGUUACACAGGACCAAUUACAAUUUUAGGUUUUCCAAAAAUAAACGAGCGAUCAUGGCUGCAGAAGCACGACGACUUAAUCUUAAAAAGCAAAUUGUUGAUGAAGUUCCACUGGUUCAAUUUGUAGAUAGACUAGCCAUUAGGCGUCGAUCUCCGCCUAGACAUACACAUCCACCUCCUUUUGACCGCUACUUACACCUCUUCUGGGAUGGGAAAGUUCUAGCCAAUUUGAGUUAUACUUGA